AUGCAGAUUCAAUUCUCUUCUAAGCUACGUGUCUCUAGCCUCUCAAACCACCAUCCCACAAACGUGGAUCAGGUAAUGCAGUUUGUUGAGCCAAGUCGGCAAUUUGUAAAGGACUCGAUUCGGCUGGUUAAAAGAUGCACCAAACCUGAUAGAAAAGAAUUCCAGAAGAUCGCCAUGGCCACAGCGAUUGGAUUCCCUAUCAUGGGGUUCAUCGGCUUCUUUGUGAAACUGAUCCACAUCCCUAUUAAUAAAAUUAUUGUGGGUGGCUGAGUCCUUUCUCAUCUUGGGACUGGUGAACCAAUGAGGGGGUGACAAGCUCAUGAAGUAAAAAGUUGCCUGGAAAAAAAAA